GCGGAUGUCGGGCGGCGGGGGCGGGGGCGGCGCGGGCCUCAUGUCGUGUGUACGCGAAGGCUCGCUCGAGCCGCCCUACAGACCGCCGCACACCGACACACACCACCAUGGCGAAGGCCGCACUGGGAGGUUCUUACGCGGCCUCCGGCGCAUGUUCAAGCGACGCGGAAGUGGAACUCGCACGGAUGCCUCACCCGACCCGAAAAGUAGCUCCACCAGUGAGCUGCUAGAUGCUGAGAGACAUGCUAGGAGAAAAGAGGGAGUGUAUAGCAGCGGACUGUCGGUGUCCCAUGACUCGGUGUUCACCGGCGAGCGAUCCGGUGAUGAGUCCAGUGAUGAACGACCCACGCCCGCUCAUCAUUUAGCACAUUUAGCCACAUCGCAUCGG